AAUAUUUAUAUCAGUUCAUACUGCAGUUAUUUAUUAAAUUACAGUAAAAUAUAAAAUGAAAUUUUCAACAAUAAUUAAGUAGUAACUUACUUCGUCCAUUAAAAUUAAACUGCUUUUAUGCUUAAAAUUAAAUAAUACAUGAUAGUUAAUUUAUCGCCGCAGAUUUUUCACUAUAUAUUUAUAAAAAACAUAUUGAAAAAUUGUACUUACAUAUAUUUAUUUGGUGCUAAAUGGUUAGUUUAAUACCAAUAUUUUAUUAAAUAUUAUGUCAGCUUUUAAUUUCAUGGAUGGAGUCCCUGUUAAAAUAUCAGAGAAGUACAAACCUCCUCCACGUAUAUAUCAAGUGCCCCAAGCAAUAGUGAAUAAGUUAACAAUAUCCGAGUCACAUUACAGUGAAUUGCCUUCGUAUACAUAUGAUUUUCAUUUGGAAAGAAAAGUACUGACUAAAAUCCCGGAAUGGCGUCGCAUGCGUAAACAUGCAGAAGAAGCUCGCGCUGAACGUAGACAGCAACGUGAACAACAAAAAUUGCAAGACUUGGAGGCCCAACAAAAGCAACUAUUAGGCGCUGUUAGUUAUCCAAGUACAGAAGAAUUGUCGUCUUCAAAUAGCGAAGAUGAGGAUAAAGUGGUGUCAUCACCUUCUGAAAAAGAACUUACUCGAAACGAUGAAAUACAGACAUCCUCUCCCUACGUCUAUAGUUUUAAUGACAUAUUACAGCCAACAAUAUUGCCACGAAAUGAUAGGAAAAUAAAAAACAACUGUGAUGUAGAUAUAAAUAUAAUAACUCAAGUUGGAAAUGUAGUUAAUGCCAAAACAUUGUCAAACCAAAAUUCUUUCAAUUAUAAAGAUUUUGAGGACGAUACCUCGUCCCCCUUUGAUAACAUUGAGCUGAAAACGAUCAAUGAUUUGGACAUUUUGGCACAGGUUCUACAUAAUACGCAGCUUAGUAAAAAUUUGGCAGAAAAUGAUGAGGAAAAUAAUAAAACCAAAGAGGGAACACAAAGCAUUGCGACAACGACGACAAAUGAUUUAAGUCAGGUGCUUGAAUAUUCCGAUGUUACUAAUAACGUUUUAGAUCCAGAUAAAUUAAAAAUCAUAGAGCAUACAAAUGCAGCAUUAAAACAAGUUGAUUUUAGUAGCUUAAGCCAACAAUUUAAGCAUGAAAACAUUCCAAAUGCUACCGCACUAGUAUUUCAAAAUCAGCUAAAUGAUACAGAUACUUUCAUAACUCGAAACAAAGUAAAUCCUCUUAUUAACAAUACUCCUAUGCAAACACAGCAGACAAAUUAUUUUCCUUUUAAUGCAAUACACAAUGAUGUUGAACAUAUAUCACAGCAACAACAACAGCAGCAGCAGCAGCAGUAUUUAAAUUAUAAUCUACAGUGCAAUAAUUUAUCGUUUUAUGGGGGUAGUUGCAAUGGCGGCAGUAUUGGCUAUUUUAGUCCUACACAUAUUACUCAUCUUGUCGGCAAUAACACCAACAACUAUUUGCAUCCAGAUGUUAACAAGAUAUUAAGUAAUAUGCAAUAUAUUCCUUCAACAGUCCAAUCUGCGGAAAAUGUUGAUAAUGCUAAAUCAAAAAGCGUACCAAAUAUUAUAAAGGAAUUAAGCGACGAAGUACGAUUCUCUGAAAUGCGCAGAUCCAGAAAUCACAGUUACAAUUUAGAAGACAGCAAGGAACAAAAUAUACUACACGAGCAAGAAAAAGAAGAAGAAGAAAAUCAAAAAAAAAGCAACGAAAGUCAUUGUUACACUCAACUAGAAGUUUCUGCUCAGAAACUAGCGAAAAGCAUAAGCUCAAUGGGUUUUCCCUUAGAGCGUGUAGCUAAAAUAGCAAAAAUAUUUGGGACUGAUGAUAAGAAGAUUAUUGAGCAUUUAAUACCACUAAGUGAAUUGAUGGAUCUUGGCUUUGAUGAAGCAGCAAUCUCAGAAGCACUCAUGAAAUGCGAUAAUAAUAAAGAGAAAGCAUUAGAAUAUUUAAUAUCAUAGUUAUAUAUUUGGUUGGCGAAAUUCUUUUUACUCUUUGUUUGUAGCUUAAGUAUAUUAAAUAUGUUUUUGAAAUGUAAAGUAUGCAAACUACCAAUGAAUUUAUAAGAAAUUAUAAAGCAAAUGGGAUAUAUUCCUAUAAUAAUGUA